UUCAAGCCUGAUAUUACUUAAAUAAAUAAAUAUUAUUUAUUUAUUUAUUAAUAAAUUUUCUUAUUUUUCUUUUAACCAUACUAUUUGGGAUAUUUGGGAAAAGCUGUGAAAGAAAUAUAAUAAUAAACAAAAAAAAACACGAAUUACAAUGGUUGUAAAUGACAGUAGUGAGGUUACAGCUGGAAACGGAGAGCAACAUAAAGCCUCUGUACUGUUAACACCAACCUUGUCUUCUCAACCAUUUAAUAAUGAAAGUAAAAAAGACUGUGUAGACAAAAUAAGUGAUAGCGAAGAGCUCACUACAACACUACCGCUUCAAAAUAAAUUUUGCAAAAUUCAUGAUACUUUGGAAUUAAAAAAUAUACGAAAAUCCGGAAUUCCUCUUAGUCUCGAUCUUGACUUACCUCCAACGCCUACUUUAUCCACUUUCUUAACUUCUUCCUAUUGUGAUGAUAACUCUCCAACCUCCUCGCCAUGUUUUUCAUCUUAUUUCGACAUUUAUCAACCUCUCAAUUCUUGUUCUUCCAAUUCCUCUUCAGAAAGUAACUCCUCAAAUUCGAAUUCAACUAUUGAUUCCCCCGAUACACCACCUUUAUCUCCGCCGGGAUCACCUUCAGUUGUAGAAUCGCCUCGUUCACCUCUUUCACCGAAAUCUAUUGAUUCUGUUUUUAGUUCCUCAUCACUUCCUUUGGUUUCAUCACUUACUAAUACAGAACAACGUCGUCGACAAGUUUCUUUCAAUCAAACUGUAACAUUUAUACCUCACAUUCCACCACCACCAAAUAAAAUUCGAAAAAAGCUCACCAAAGAAGCAGGUGCGAGACAAAAAGAUCUGGUUCUUGAGGUUGAAGCUUUGGGUAAAGUUAGAUUGGAUGGUAAGAAUGGCCGUGUGAUUAAAAUUGUACCUAAUGUUUUUCCUGGACCAUUGAACGGUGAAUAUGGACAAUGUGAUGUCAUGUUGAAAGAUGUUACAAUGGAAAUUUCUUCAAAAAAUCAAAAUGAUAAUACUGAAGAGGAAGAUGAUGAUGUAUUAUACAUUACAGCUGUACCUAUCGUUGAAAAGGAUAAAAAAUUACGCCUUAGCAAACAUUUAAAGCGAUACUAUAAUAAAUUAGUUCAAUGACAUUAUCAAAAUUAAAUAUCAUUUUAUAGUUAAUUAUUAGAAAUAUUUAUUUUAAUUAAUCAGCAUUGACAUUUGGCAUUUCUUUCCUUUUGCUUUUAUUGACCAAAAAAAAAAAAAAAA